UAAGAUUAAUAGAAAACACAUGCAGUUUAUUUAAGUUGAUAUCAAUAAAAAGCCUUUAAAUGUCGCUGUAAAUAUCAACAUCAGAACUGCAAAAUUGUUAACAACCUUAUCGAAAUUACAAAAAUGUCCAAGCCCGACGUUAUGUUUCAUCCAAUAAUUAGCUCUAUACAAAGAAUAGCCCUUUAUGAAACGAAAGCGAGAUUUUACCUGAUUGGUUCUAACAACACCCAAACUAGAUUUCGAGUGUUGAAAAUAGACAGGACAGACUCCAAAGAGCUGGCGCUGAUCGAUGACAAAGUGGAGUAUAACAAGCAGGAGAUCCACCAGCUCCUCAACAUGAUUGGUUGCGGGAAUCGAGCCGGGAAGAACGCUGGAUUCAACAAGCUUGUCUCUGCUUUUGGGAUAGUUGGUUUUAUCAGAUUCCUAGAGGGCUAUUACAUCAUCCUGGUAAGGAAAAGGCGUAAAAUAGCCAUGAUUGGCGCCCACUCCAUUUACAAGAUCGAGGACACAUCAACCAUCUACAUACCAAGUGACAGCAACAAACCGCAGCAUCCAGACGAACAGAGAUACUUGAAGAUGUUCCUGGCUAUAGACUUGUCAACGAAUUUCUACUACAGUUACAGUUACGAUAUAACACAUACUUUGCAAAUGAACAUGGCACCGCCUCGGAAGCUGGCACCAGCAUUGUUCCCUGAGCCGGUCACGGCAGCUGUGUAUCGGUCAAAUCUGCACUUUAGUGAUGAGGAGAAGUGCACUUGUCAGGGGGUUGAUGAUGAUGAAGACAUAUUUGAAACUUGGAAGAAUCAGUUGCAGCAGAGGCAGCAGAAAUCGGGAUCAGAGUCCAGAGCAAGCUUAGAGUUUGGUGUCCGAACCGUCCCGGAGUGGAGGUUCGUCUGGAACAGCCACCUGCUGUCGCCGGUGCAUUCUCAGCUGCAUCCCGACUGGAUCCUCUAUAUUGUACAUGGUUUCAUUGAACAGAGCAACCUAAACAUCUUUGGUCGCCCGGUCUACGUCACCCUGCUUGCCAGACGGAGCAACCGCUACGCCGGCACCAGGUUCCUGAAGCGGGGAGCCAACAUGCACGGAGACGUGGCCAACGAGGUGGAGACCGAGCAAAUCGUUCACGACUCUAUGGUGUCUUCCUUCUCUAAUGGCAGCUUCAGUUCCUUCGUCCAAAUGCGAGGCUCGAUCCCCAGCUACUGGUCCCAGGAUAUCUCCAAGAUGGUGCCUAAGCCCCAAAUCUCCAUCGACCUGAGCGACCCCUUCGCCGAGAUACCCGCCAAGCACUUCAACAACCUCAUGAGGAGAUACGGCGCCCCCGUCAUGAUACUCAAUCUGGUGAAAAAGAGAGAGAAGAAAAGGCAUGAGUCGUUGUUGACGGACGUUAUUAGUAAUGCGGUGAAGUAUCUGAAUCAGUUUUUGCCGCCCGAACAUGGGGUGCAAUACUUCCAUUUGGAUAUGGCUAGGAUGAAUAAAGGGGCCGAUGCCAAGGUUUUGGAUAAGCUAGCCUUAUUCGCGCGAGCGGCAGUACGGCGUACGGGUGUGUUUCUGAGCGGCGCGCGAGGCCCGGGCGAGGCCGACGGCGAGUCCGGGGCCGACGAGCAGGGCGGCGCGCCCGGCCACCAGCGCGGCCGGCUCCAGGCGGGCCUCGUGCGCGUCAACUGUGUGGACUGCCUCGACCGCACCAACACCGCGCAGUUCGCCAUCGGCAAGGUCGUGCUCGCUCACCAGCUAUACGCUCUAGGCCUGAUAGGGUCUCCCGUGGUGGAAUUCGACUCGGACUGCGCGCGCCUGCUUGAGGGCCUGUAUGAGGACCACGGGGACACGCUCGCCUUACAAUACGGGGGCUCACAACUGGUCCACAGAAUCAAAACCUACCGCAAAACAGCCCCCUGGGCGUCCCACGGCAACGACAUAAUGCAGACCCUGAGCCGGUACUACUCCAACACGUUCUCCGACGCCGAGAAACAGAACACCAUGAACCUGUUCCUGGGCCUGUUCAUACCGGAGCCGGGCAAGCCGGCCAUAUGGGAGUUCCCGAGCGACUACUACCUACACCACCCGGAGGCGGUCGUUUAUAUACCGAGGAACAGAUCGCUAACAAAAUGGUGGGACGACGACGUACUGAAGUACCUACCGUACCCGACCAACGAAAUGCGGAAGCUGUGCUGCGAGAUUAUUGGCAUGCAGGGGGACUCCGGGGCCCUCGAGAUGGUGGACACCUACCACGACUAUAACAGGCCCUUCGAGUACACUGUGUUCGCAGAGUGCUAUGAGUUCAAGAUGUGUCACACGUUACGCGACUUGACACCGACAUUUGCGGAGAGCUUCAGUCCUUUCGUGGUGAGAGGCCGAGCCGUGACCAGGACCAGCACCAACCCCGGCCUCAGCGGGCGAGCCUCCACCGCUUCUAACAAUUCUAGCGAAUACAGGCGCUACGUAAACUUCGAGCGGCGUUCGAACCUGCAAUACAAGCCCACCAGUCCAGUAACAGUGACAGUGAGCAGUGCGUUCACGAUCGACAGUUCGGCGGAUGUCAUUCCGCCUACUGUGACGCGCGGCGCGCGCGAACUGUACCGCGACUAUAUCAGGAGAAGCACGGGCGAGACGUUCGUGUCGCCACAGACCGUCGACAUAUACACGAGAUAUGUCGAGUUUGCUCAAUGA